UAAUGUUAGUGAAAACACACUAUAAUAUAAUGAAACUGAUGAACGUCAAUAUUUGAAAUAUUUGGGUUGACAAAGAACGAAGACAAAAUUUUGAACAGUCAUGCAAGCACAAGAAAACUGUCAUACAUUGAAAAACCUACAACUAUAUUUAAAAGUACACCUGUAAUAUUUAAAUCGUUGUUUAUAUAAUGCUUGCAUGAGUCUUGAAGAUGUCGUCCAUGCGGAGGGGGGAGUCUCAAGAUCUGGAACAUGGCUUCAGUGACUCAAUAAGCGAUGAAGAUGCUUUUGUCUUGCAUAUAAAUGCUAAAGAAACCCACGAAAAUGAAAGUCAAAAAACCAAGCACUUGGCAAAUAAUAAGAAAAGAUUUAAAAGACCAAAAUCCUCGAAUGGGGCGUUGUUGGUAACACCAGCAACAUCACAGAGAAAUAUGGCCUGGUCUUCAGCUAGUGAACAAGAAUUAAUAAAGAACCCAGCAUUUAGGUUUAAACCUAAAUUGAGUCGUCCUGUUUCUGCACCAAAUUGUACCAGUGGUAAAAGGUCAUCUGUUGCAUCAACAUGUUCAUCAGUUUGUAGUAGUUCCUUGGAAUUAUCCAGACCUAUGCGAAUGCGACGACAUGUUCCUUUGUACAAAAAGUCAAACACACCCGUUUCUGUGCGAGCUUUUGUUAAUGGUGAACAAGAUACGUUUGCAAGAGUCACAGCCCCGAAUUUAAAACAGCUGUUAGAACUUUGCACAACAAAACUUCACUUGGUCUCGGCUGCAAGAAAAGCGUUCCUCUCUGAUGGGACGUUAAUAAGAGAUAUUCAUCAAAUAAUGAAAAAUGCUGACAUAUAUGUAUCAUGUGGUGAACCUUUUAAAGAUCCUUUUGGUAAAUACGUUGAAAAAGAAAAGUUAAGUCAAAUGUCCACGUGGACUAUGAAUGGCAUUAUCUUCCCCGAAAGUGAAACCCGAGGUAAAACGAAGCCAUCUUUGUCUCAAAGAAUGAAGAAGGUUUUAGUGGAAAAUCAGAAGAAAAGAGUUUUGGUCUUUCGAAAUGAGGAUUCCUUAGAAGGGAAGGAAAUUAUAGCGAAUAGAUUUGAUGAGUUUCUUGAUGACUGUACUCAGAAGUUAGGAUUCCAAUCAAGAGCUAAAGCCAUAUUUGAUUGGGAUGGAAAAGAAAUUGUAAAUUUUUCACAAGUUCCGACAGUUGAUAAUAUACUCCAGUCGUCAUCAAUCACCGUACUUGGGCCAGUAUGGUUGACCAGAGGCGGAGAAAAGUUUAGUUUUAAAGGCCCGUAUGGCUUCGUCGAUACAUUACUGGAAACAACUAAACAAAGAUUAAAAGAAACGAAAAGCUAUGAAAAACAGCUGCAAUUACGAGUUGAUAACAUCAUUGAAGGUGUCUCCGUUGAGGUGAUGUCAUUGACUGAAGAAGAAACAAAAAACGAAAUGAGUCAGAUCACCAAGAAAGUCCAUGAUCUUGAAACUGUAAUACCAAAGUUGAAAUCAAGAAAAAAACGAUUAUUCAUGAAAAAGGAGGAAGAGGGGAUGGUGGGGGCAAAUCAUAGCUCAUAUAAAUUUCAAAAUAUAACUGAAAUUGAGGAGAACAGCAGGCUGCUUGGAAAGAAAGGAAUUCGUUUGAAGGUUUAUGAAAAUGGCAAGGUCGACGAUGAAGUGGUAGUGUAUUUUAACAUACACGAGGCAUCAAAGGGUGCAUCUGACGACCGUAAUGUGCUACUGAGGAGACUCAUUGACACCAUUACUGCUCAAGUGUUGCGAAAAAGUCAUGGACCUGCUGGACGUUCGCUUGCCAGGAGGAUAUAUAAGGAUGACGGAAAAGAAGUCCUCGAUGUACAUGAAUUGGAAACAGAUGAUUGUAUUUGGCUGUCGUUUGGAGAGAAAUUUAUAUCACCAUAUACGUACGCCCUUCAACUGACAAUGGAUAAAACAAAAUGCGUUUCUCUUUGGAAUGAAAAGAAAGUUGUACAGCGAGAGACAAUCAACGAGGACGAAGUUUACGGAAAAGACCGCGCUAGUUUAUGGAGGACUGUGGAGAACUAUCCAACGGAUUGUAAAUAUGAUGUGAUUGAGUUAGAUAUGGAAAUACCUGGAAAAGUUGGCUACGCUAAAGGAUUGCAAUACUCUCAGAUACGCGAAAACAACACGUUUCUUCGGUAUAAAGGUAACACAGAUCUUAUACUGUUGCCUGAUCUUUCUGUGGAGAAAAAAUUGUCCAAGGUUGAUAAUAGCAUGUGGCCGUCUGACAGCCAGCAAUGGGUAAUACAUAAGAGCGGCCAUAUUACAAGUCGAUCUUUCCCUCAGUUGUGUCUUUGUAUGAGUCACAUAAAAGUGAAUGUGAAAUACAGUGACGGAACGUCACUCGAGGGAUUUGCUGUGAAUUUUGCCAAAAGAAAUUCCUCACAUCCAAGUCAGAUUUGGAAGUUCACUCCAACAGGCGACAUUUGCAGUGCGAGUAAUCCCUCAUUUCUCUUGACGUGGAUGUCGAAUGAAAAUCAUCAAAUAGUCGAUGAAGACGACAAGCACCCGGGGCUGUCUGGCGAGGUGGAGAAAAGUUGCGCUGAAGAGAACAAUGAAACAAUUGUGGUUGAAACUUUAUCCACCAUGAAGGAUAUUUUUGGCGGUGAAAAGUGUUGUGUUGCAUUAUUAUCUAAACUUCCUGUGAAACAUCCAGCAAUUGGCACACAAAGAUGGGCGAUUAAACAAGAAAGUUUAAAUAGCAUCGGCCAAUGGAAAUUUUCUCAGGUUGCCAACCCAACCUGGAACCGUAAGGCUUUAUCAUGGCCUGUUAACAAAGAUGGAACUAUAAAUGAGGAAUUCAACUGGCCAAUGGAAGGCUUCCUGAUAUGCAAUGCACCUCCACUUAAACGGAAGGAGACGUUAAGCGUUGGACCACCUGUAAGGCUUCGUGUGUUGAAGAAUGGUGAACAUGAUCUUAAACGAGCUGUUAUUGUUGUCGGACCAGACCUUGGAAAUAUGACUAGAGAUAUAAGUGGAAAGUCCACAGCAAUGAAGCCGUCGAAAACGAAGAAACACUCUCCUCUUCCAUCGUCACGGAACGAUAUCCGGAAUCUGGAAUUAAAUUUGUUCCUUGAUCGCUGCACGGAUUCCCUUCGUCUUCCAUUUGCUGCCAGGCGUCUGUUUAAUGACGAUGGAAAAGAACUCUUCACCCUCAGUGGUCUGGAACGAAAUCAACUAGUGUUUGUUUCGUGUGGAGAGUCUUGGGUGAAUUACAAUGAUUCUUAUUCCGAUCAAAAAAGAAGAAUAAUUAUGAGCAACCUUUCUUCAGAUAUUGCCAAAUUAAGAUUGUAUUGUAGACUACGCAAUCCUCAAGGUUUGGUAUUAACUGUUGGUGGAACAGCUACAGCUGGAAGUCCUGUCUGUGUGGCCAGUUGUGAUCUUAUAGAAAAUGAAAACGAUAUUAUUCUUUCCGAUCAAGAAAUCCAUCAUUCACAAAGCGAAAACAGUAUUGAAGGAGUACGAUCAAGUCUGAUGAGUGCGCAUGAGCGCGCACAUGUAAAUUCAGAGGAAAGACUCAAGUCUCUUCAAUGGCCUUGGGAAACUGCUAUUACCAGUAAUGGUGAAGUGAAUGUCGAAGCAGAACAAUAUGGUGAUUUUGAACACGAUGUUGUGUACUCUGACAAUCGAUUACAUAAAAGAUACAGAUACCAUACAGCAAAGUCAGAGUCCAAAAAGGAAUUAUUGUCUUGUCAGUGGCUUUAUAAGGAUGGGUGGAUUCAGCUACGGAAUAACAAUCAGUUAGUUCUUGGCAUAGGUCAAGAUUCUACUGAGGGAAAACUGAUAAAUGAGGUAUGUUUAUGUAAGAAAAGGAUGGAUGAUGUAAACCAACGAUGGACAAUUGCUUCAGAUGGCACCAUUCAUCUUCACCAUAAUCCUAAUGCGACGUUAACUGUGUCUGAUCCUGGUCGUGCAAGAGAAAAUUCAGGGGACUCUGCUUAUGACGGAUCCCAUGUAUUAAUCAUGCCAAGGAGAUGUUGCAAUGGAAAUGCAAAUCAACUUUGGAUGUACGAUACGCAUUCGGGAUUCAUAUCUGCCUUUGCAACUGAUUCCAUGAAUUUAGAAAUCACGUCUGCGAACAAGGCUGGUAUUUGUACAUACACAGUUUUAGGGUCCAAAAGCACGAUGCAAAGUGGGUAUUCAAUACAAAAUGAUUCUUCAAAGGGAUUUCUUUGUGAUGCAUGUGGUGUUGCAUCUCGUGGAAAAUUCAUAUUGCAAAAAUUGGAGCAAAGCCAAGAUUUUUCAUGUGUUAUGGGGAAAGAAGGUAGCUUUAAGUCGACAAAGCAAGACAAAUCCAGCUGUUUCAAGUGCUUGACUAAUCAGGUUGAUCUAACAAGCCAGGAAGCAAAUGCUACAUUAGCGAUGUGGGAAGAUCAGCUGAAGAGACUUCGGAAGAUAAAAAAUUUUCGUUCAUUAAAUAAAGAGAUACAGGCUGCGCAAUCCCAACCAGCUGUUAGAAUACGUGCUUUCAAAAAUGGCGAGGGCAUUCGUAAAGAAGCUGUGCUGGUCGUUGGUUCUACGAUUGAUUCGUUACUGGAUCAGUGCACAUGUCGACUUGGUCAAACAUCUGCCGCCAGAAGACUUUAUAACAUUGAUGGAGAACUUAUAACAGACAUAAGUCAGUUAAGAGAAGAUUCUGGAACUAAAGAAAACAUACUGCCUAGAGAAGUUGAAAAAUAUGCCCAGCGUGAACAAAUGGAUAAACAAACAGAAGAUCCAGUUGAUGUAGUUUGCACUGCCAAUGAUUGUAGCGUCAUCGAAGAGCAUCAAAUGCCAAAAAAGACACAGGAAGACGGCGGUGGUAAAUAUUGCGUUGACGUAUUUGUGUCCUGUGGUGAACCGUUUGUUCCUUUAGAAGAGAUAGAUAUGCAGUUCUUUCUUCAAAUGAAACACCAAUAUGCCAGAAAUUGGGUGGAGAAUCACCUAGAGACGGAAAAACAUAUUCUACGACAAAUUCAAGGUCGUCGUAUAGCAGCUCGCUCGUCAAUUGAGUCUCGUUCCUGGCACAACCUGACCAAACAAGAGGAAGAUAAACAAGACAAUAUUGAAGAAUUGACGGGACAUUUGAAAGAUCUUAAAACAAAGCAACAACAAGAAAAAGAAUUACUAAUCAGCAACAAUGCUAUGCACUGCAGGCUGUCAAACAAUAAGAGAUUAUAUGAUUCUUCAAAAACAGUUCGUAUUGAUGUGUACGAAAAUGGUGAUGCUGAAAGAAGAUAUAUAAAUGUCUGUGGUUCCACUUUGAAUGAGGUACUAAACAUAUGCACAUCUCGUCUUGGUCUCCCAGCUGCUGCGAGGAGAUUGUUCACUACUGGAGGCGAUGAGAUUGAAGACGCGUCAGAGUUAGUGAAAGGAGAAAUUUACUGUGUGUCCUGCGGGGAGAACUUCAUUCAACCAAGAGAUCGUCAGACUGUUAUUGCCCGAAAAGCUACUUGGUCAAGGCUAAACCGUCAGACAGGCGGAGCAAUGGCGUUCAAAAGUGACGAGAGAACUCCAGUAACGACGCUGGCUUUACAAACCAGCGCGCAAGAUCGGUUUAACUAAAUACAUGCAGUCUGUUCAUUAUAAUUU